AUGUCUUACGGAUCCCAAGCAGCAGACCGUCUUAAGGAUAAGAUCAUUCUCAUUACCGGGGCCAGUGCUGGUAUCGGAAAGGCUACCGCGCUCGAACUUGCCCUGGCCGGUAACGGUCAAAUCAAAUUGAUCUUAACGGCUAGACGGAAGGAGAAAUUGGACGAAUUACUGAGCGAAUUACAACUGAAGUAUCCAAACAUUAAAGUCUUGACUGUUAGUCUUGAUGUUUCCAAGUUGGAUACCAUUGGACCCUUUGUCUCUGGAUUGCCCCAAGAAUUUGCAGAUGUUGACGUGUUGAUCAACAACGCCGGUUUAGCAUUGGGAAGAGACGAAAUUGGAACCAUUUUACCCGAAGAUAUUCAAGGGAUGUUUCAAACUAAUGUCUUGGGAUUGAUUACAUUGACUCAAGCAAUUAUUCCUAUCUUUAAGAAAAAGAACUCCGGUGAUAUCGUCAACUUGGGCUCAAUUGCUGGUAGAGAUCCUUAUCCUGGGGGAGGAAUUUAUUGUCCUACUAAAGCAGCAGUUAAAUCAUUCAGUCACGUGCUUCGGAAGGAAUUGAUUUCCACUCGUAUCAGAGUUCUUGAAGUUGAUCCUGGUAAUGUUGAAACUGAGUUUUCAAACACUAGAUUCAAAGGUGAUUUGGCUAAGGCUAAGGCGGUGUAUGCUAAUACUGAACCUUUAGUUGCUGAAGACAUUUCAGAGCUUAUAGUGUUUGCAUUAACUAGAAAGCAAAACACAGUUAUCGCGGAACAAUUAGUCUUUUCCUCCAAUCAAGCCAGUGCGUUCCACUUGUUUAGAGAUCCUGAUCCAGCGUUAUAA